GGGUUUUAAAAAAACCCUAAAACAUAGCCGAAAGAAGCUGCAAUAACGCUUCUGCAACCCCACUCCGGCACUGCCUCUGCAACGGCGAUCCAUCCACUGCACCGUGUUUCGACUCCACAGGCGACUUCAAGGUUGUCUCUCUCUCACUCUCAGUUUACCCUCAGCCACCGACGCCGUCGCCCGUCGACCAUCAGCCAGCAAACCUCGAAUUUCCUUUGUUGCUCUUCAGGAGAGCCGACGACCGCAUCUCUAUUUAUCGCUCUCUAUCCUGCUUAAAUUUCUGCUUCUUGAGUCCCAUUUAUGUAAGCAGAUAUAUUCUAAAGUACUUCAAGCGACUGGAUUGAGAAAGAAUCAAAGAAUGGCAUAUCAGGGAGGUAACUUGAAGUCCACCUCCAUUAAUGGAGUUAAGAUGUAUACAGUAUCAGGACAACACCGUUCUUUGGCCACUUGGCUUCCUCCUAAGAAGCUAAGAGCUCUUCGCAAAGACAAAGACUACAUGCAAAGAGUGGAAUUGAUCCAGGAUUUGAGGUUUGAAAUCGCAACAACUAAAAUCAAAGCAACUCCUGAUGGGGAGUUUCUUAUUGCAUCAGGCAUUUAUCCACCACAAGUCAAAGUAUAUGAGUUAAGAGAACUAUCACUGAAGUUUGAAAGACACUUGGUUUCAGAGAUAAUUAACUUUCAGGUGCUGGCAGAUGACUAUUCAAAGAUUGCAUUUCUAUGUGCUGAUCGUUCUGUUUGUCUACAUGCAAAAUACGGAAGUCACUACAGUUUGCGGAUCCCAAGGAUGGGAAGGGAUAUUGCAUAUGAUAGCUGGUCCUGUGACUUGAUUUGUGCAGCCUCUUCUCCAGAUCUAUACAGAAUAAAUUUGGAACAGGGGCGUUUCCUUUCCUCACUCAGCACACGGUCUCCAGCACUAAAUGUAGUCUCUAGAAGCAAGCUUCACGGAUUAGUUGCCUGUGGUGGCGAUGAUGGUGCCGUGGAAUGCUUUGACAUGAGAUCGAGAUCUUCAGUUGGUAGGAUAAAUGCUGUUGCACCUGCUGGUGACGUUGACCAGGAGGUUACUGCAGUUGAGUUUGAUGGAGAGGGAGGUUACCUCAUGGCUGUUGGAAGUAGUUCUGGAAAGGUGCUGAUUUAUGACUUGCGUUCUUCUUCUCCUAUGCGAGUGAAGGAUCACAUGUAUGGCAGCUCAAUAUUGAACAUUAAGUGGCAUCGAACUCUGAACUCUGAGCGACCUAAGUUGAUUACUACUGAUAGUCAUAUUGUGAGAAUUUGGGAUCCUGAGACUGGAGAAGGCAUGACCAGCGUUGAACCAACAGCUGGAACAAUAAAUGAUAUAUGUCUGUUUGGUGAAAGUGGGUUGAUGUUGUUGGCCCUGGACAACAGUCAGAUACCAUCUUAUUUCAUACCUGCCCUUGGACCUGCUCCUAAGUGGUGUUCGUACCUAGAAAAUUUAACAGAAGAGCUGGAGGAGGGUGCACAAACAACUAUCUAUGAUGAUUUUAAAUUUUUGACAAAAGAAGAGCUUGAAAAGUUGAACUUGACGAAUUUGAUUGGCACCAAUCUUCUUAGAGCCUACAUGCAUGGUUUCUUUAUUGAUUAUCGGCUGUAUAAAAAGGCACAAUCAUUGGCAGAUCCAUUUGCAUAUGAUACUUAUAGAGAGCAGCGAAAGCAAGAGAAACUGGAAGCUGAACGUGCCUCUCGAAUUACGAUUAAGAGGAAAUUGCCUAAAGUUAACCGCAUUCUCGCAGCUCGUCUACUUGAGAAUGAAGAAGCUGAAAAUGAAAAGAAGGAUGCUGAUAGUGCUGAUACUAAGAAAACAUCCAAGAAAAAGAAAGGACUCAGCAGUGAGGUUCUGAAAGAUGAGCGAUUUGCAGCGAUGUUUGAAAAUAAGGAGUUCGAGAUUGAUGAAUUUUCACAAGAGUAUAAGGCUUUACACCCUAUGCCUUCGAAGAAGGAACCAUCCUUGGUGGAGGAACAUUUUGAGCCUAUUAUGGAAGAUGAAGAUCAGAGCUCAAGUGAUUCUGAUGCAUCAGCAGCUCCUGAGUCAUCAGAAGACGAGCACGGCAGAAGCGAAAGAAAAUUUAGGAAGAAACAAGUGCCAAGAUUGUAUGAAGUUAAAGAUGAACGGCAUGCAGAAGCAUUCUGGAACCGUGUAUCGCUUGCAAAGGAGGACUCUCUGUCAUUAGGGGAAAGGGUUGCAUCUCUGGCUGAUGAACGGCAAGCUUCAGGUGCCUUGAAUGAUGUCAAGUUGGGACCGGGAGGAUCUCGACAGAUUUCCUUCCUUUCUAGAAGCUCAGCAAAGUAUAGGGAAGAUGAUGGUGACGACAAGGAAACACAUCGUGAAAAGAGAAGGGGAGUCCAAUCACUGAAGCUGAAGCCAGAUGGGUCAGGGUUUAGAGGGCGUGGGCGUGGGCGUGGGAGUGGGAGUGGGAGAGGGAGAGGGAGAGGAGGGAGUCGGGGCAGUGGCGGCAGAGGAAGAGGUCGGCGAUGAAUUUUUCCCAUAUAAACAACAUUCAGGUCAUCUUUGCUUGGGAUCUUAGGUCAGCCAUAUAUUGGAUAUUCAAAUGGGGAUAUCUAAGAAGUGGGCACUUUAGUCGAGAUUUACCAGAGGAUAUGCCCAGGUAGGAGAGGGUUCUUCCUCUUUUUUAGUUUGGGUUUGGGGAUAAGUAAGUUAAAUAUGCACGUCAAAUUUCUGUGAAAUUUAGUAUUCAUUUUCUUCAGUCAGGAUUCUUGUUGUUCAAUUUAAUUUAAUUUAAAAUAUCUUUUUACUUUUA